CCUCUCUCUCUCUCUCUCUCUCUCUCUCAUUUUGACAAAUAUAUAGCGCGCUUUUUGCUUUGGUUAAGCGCCGUAGCUAGCCAUUCGCAUGGGCUUGCGUUGCUGGUGCUGCUUCUCUCUCCGGCACAGGACUCUAUAAUAAAGAGCAGGUUUGGGGUAGUGUGCUGCUUAUGCUUAACAAAGCCUAAUUCGCUCCAGGAUUAUGUCAUGCCGGUUGUAGGCUUUAGGGCAGGGCUGAAAUAAGAGAGAGAAAGAAUAGUAGUUUAAUCUCUGCCUUGCUUUGCUUUUUUGCUUGCUGAGCCCAACAACGACAUGUUUUCGGGACGUCCGGUUGCGUGCGUUACGCUCUAAUUGCAUCCCUGUUUCUGGGUCCCUAAAGCCAAAGGGAAUCUCUCCCCCCUCUCUCUCUCUCUCGUGCUUCUCUCUUCCUCUCUAUUUGUAUAGCCAGAGAAGCCUACAAAAGAUUUCUUUAGAGAAGAGAACCCAACCCACUCACUAACGCGAGACGAAUCAAAGAAAAGCAGCAAGAUUGUAAUCUACAAGCUAUUAUUAUAGCUCUCUCUCUUUAGGCCGUUGUUAUAUGGUGCUUGGAUUGUCAUCUCUCUGAUGGGUUGAAGUCCUUGAGGUUUCUUUCAACUUUUCUAUCUGGGUGUUCAAUUCUUCGUGCCAACAAACCUGCUUUAAAGAUCUGGGUGUUCACUAGGUUUUGAUCAGAAGGAAAUGGAGGGAGGUCCAAACAAGCUUCUGCUGGAUUUGAUAGACAAAGACAGAGAAUGGGCUAUUCACAGAGAUGGAGAGAGAAGCCACGGAUCUUCAGAGGAGAAAAGCCUUGAGUUGAGGCUUGCUCCACCAGGGGAAGAUUGGACCACAAGAAAAGGUUAUUUCUCCAACAAUACUAUCCAAAACCUCAAUACUUCCUCUGGAGCAAAGAGAGGAUUCGCAGAGAAUGGCUGGGUGAUGAACAAAAAUGGCAGCCAUAGCCAAAACCACAAGUUCUCUUUCUCAGAAACCACAGGGUGGUCAUCUUUGAAUCAGGCAAAUGGUGCUCCGUUUCUUCAUCUCCAAUCAAACCCACAAAACUUGCCUGUUAUGGCCAAGGAAUCAUCACAGCCCUGUGGCUCUAAAGCCUUAGACUUGCCUGCAGAAAAGAAGGCAUUUUCACCAGCUUCUGCCAAUCCAGCUGUGCCCAGCAGUUCUCAGAAAAGAACUGCCCCUGCUCCAGUAGUGGGAUGGCCUCCAAUUCGAUCAUUUCGAAGGAAUCUUGCAAGUAGCAGUUCAUCCAAGCCUAUCAAUGAACCGCAAAACGCUGUCCCAAGCAAGCCUCCCACUGAAAAACCAGCUGAAAGCUUCCAGAAGGGUUUAUUUGUGAAGAUCAAUAUGGAUGGAGUUCCCAUUGGAAGGAAAGUGGAUCUUAAAGCCUUUGACAGCUACGAAAAGCUCUCCUCUGCUGUUGAUGAGCUCUUCAGAGGCCUACUUGCCGUUUUAAAGUUUCCGAUUGAUACUUGCAGUGGAGAUGCUAACUCGGUUGUCUCUUGUCGAUCUUGUUUAGCUCAAAAAGAUUCCUCAGCCGGUGGAAUCCCGAACGGGCAAGAGGGCGAGAAAGGGAUCACAGGAUUGUUGGAUGGAAGCGGGGAAUAUACCCUCGUUUACGAGGAUAACGAAGGAGACAGGAUGCUCGUCGGGGAUGUGCCAUGGCACAUGUUUGUGUCGACUGUGAAACGGCUGCGCGUGUUGAAGAGCUCGGAGCUCUCCUCGUUGCGCUGUGGCAGCAAGCAGGAAAAGAUCACAGUUGAUGCUGGCGUUGCACCGUGACAUGCGGGGAGGAGCAACUGUGUAUGCGUUUCCCUCUAGAAUUCUCGGGAAAGUUUGGUGGGAAAAUGAGAGCAGUUUGUAGUUAAAAUAUUGCAGCUAAUAGUUGUAUUUUCCCAGUAUGUAUGGACUUGUUUUUCUCGGAAAAUUUUCAAUGUUUUCUUCUCUCUUUA